AGAAAAAAAAAAUAGAAAGAUAAACACAAUCAGAAAAAAGAAAAAGAAUGAAAGUGAACAAGUGAGAAAAUAAGUGAGAAAAAGACAAAAGUGCAAAAAAAAAAACAAAAUAAAAAAAAGUGUAGAAAAGGACGAGUUAAUUACAAGAGGACAGAUAAACAACACCUUAAUUACUGGACAUCAAGGAGGGAAGAUGGCCGCCCGUGUGGUGUAGGCGCGGGCGUGGGAGCGGUACAGGAUGCGUGGGUGCAGCGUGAACGUGGGCAUUGGGUUGGUGGUGGCGAUGGUGGUGAUGUCCGCCCUACUGCCCGCCGCCCGCAGCUUACCUGAUGUUAUUACGAUAGGUGGGCUCUUCGACGAUGGGGAUGAGGAGCAAAAGAGCGCCUUUAGGUACGCCGUUGACCACGUGAAUCGGGAGAACAUCCUCGGCCGGACGAAACUCAACACGGAUAUAGAGAUGAUCCCACCGUAUGACUCCUUCCUGGCGUCCAAGAGAGUCUGCCAGUUAGUUUGGUCCGGAGUGGCUGCAAUCUUCGGCCCGCAGUCAGGCCAGACCUCGGCUCACGUUCAGUCCAUUUGUGACGCCCUGGAGAUCCCGCACAUCGAGACCCGCUGGGAUUAUCGCCUCAGAAGGGAUGACUACUCUGUGAACUUGUACCCUCACCCGUCCUCUCUCAGCAAGGCGUAUCUGGACCUGGUGCGGCUUUUCGAGUGGAAAUCCUUCUGCAUUCUUUACGAGGACAACGACGGCCUAGUGCGUCUGCAGGAGCUUCUUAAGACUCCUUCUCCUCACGAGUUUAAGGUCUCCAUCCGCCAGCUGCCACACGGGAACGACUUCAGAGAGCUGCUGAAGGAGGUGAGGUCCUCAGGGGAACAGAACAUCAUCCUCGAUUGCCGCACGGAGAAGGUCGGGCUGGUGCUGAAGCAGGCGCAGCAGGUGGAUAUGAUGUCAUCUUAUCAUAGCUACCUUAUAACCUCUAUGGAUCUGCACCUGGUUGACCUGGAGGACUUCAAGUACAGUGGGUCAAACAUCACGGGGCUACGGCUGAUUGACCCCAACAGGGAAGAGGUGAAGGCACUGGUGGAGACGUGGCGCCAGGGCAGAGUCAUGGCCACCAACAGGCUCUCCGAUGGGGAUCCCGUGCUCAAGCCAAGGGAACUAUCGUAUUGGACGACUGAGACAGCACUAAUGUACGACGCUGUGAAGCUGUUUGUGCUGGCCAUAGGAGCUCUUGAUAACUCUACAACUGUCACCAUCUCCCAGUUGCGGUGUGAAGGAGAGCAGGCGUGGGAACAUGGUAACUCCCUCAUCAACUACAUGAAGCUGGAGAAGCUGUUAGGAUACACGGGACACAUUGAAUUUGACUCCUAUGGGUUCAGGACAGAAUUCACCAUGGACAUCAUACAGCUGGGGCCCAACAACUUGACCAAGGUGGGGACAUGGAACAAGAAGACAGGAACCAACUACACCAGGACCCAGAAUGAGACCAUAAAGGACGUCAUUCAAGGCCUGCAUAACAAGACUCUCAUUGUGAGCUUUGCUUUUAAUGACCCAUACAUCAUGUUGAAGGAGAGCGCCGAGCAGCUUAACGGAAAUGAUCGGUAUGAGGGCUUCUGCAUUGACCUCCUUAACCACAUCGCAGCCAUUCUCAAGUUCAAGUAUGAGUUAGUGCCAGUGCCGGGGAACGCUUACGGCAGCAGGAACAAGACGACGAACAAGUGGAACGGCAUGCUGAGGGAACUUAUAGAGGAGAGAGCAGAGAUGGCAAUAACAGACCUUACCAUCAAUUAUGAGAGAGAGGAGGUGGUGGACUUUACAAUGCCCUUCAUGAACCUUGGCAUCUCCAUCCUGUUCAAGAAGCCGCAGAAGAUGGCACCCUCCCUCUUCUCCUUCCUCUCCCCGCUGUCCCUGGAGGUGUGGAUGUACAUGAUCACUGCAUAUGUUGGGGUGUCAAUCCUCCUGUACAUCCUAGCUAGGUUCACUCCUUACGAGUGGCAGAACCCGCACCCUUGUGAUCCUGAACCAGAUACUCUUGAGAACCAGUUUACCAUCCUCAACUGCCUCUGGUUUGCUAUCGGUUCCCUCAUGCAGCAGGGAUGUGACUUCCUGCCUCAGGCUGUGUCGACUCGCAUGGUGGCUGGGAUGUGGUGGUUCUUCACACUCAUCAUGAUCUCCUCAUACACAGCCAAUCUAGCUGCUUUCCUCACUGUGGAGCGCAUGGAAUCCCCUAUUGAAAAUGCUGAGGAUCUUGCUAACCAGGACAAGAUUAAAUAUGGUUCAAUGGCCACUGGCACCACCUAUGCUUUCUUCAGAGACUCAAACCUCCUCACCUAUAGAAACAUGUGGAUCUUUAUGUCUAACACCAAGCCUUCUGUGUUUGUCAAUUCAAACCAGGAGGGUGUCAAGAGAGUACAGGAAUCCAAUGGCAAGUAUGCCUACCUCAUGGAAUCUACAUCUAUUGAGUACGUUAUUGAGAGGAAUUGUGACCUCACCCAGAUUGGCGGCUUGCUGGACUCCAAAAGUUAUGGCAUUGCUCUACGCAACCGCUCCACCUACAAGGGCAAGCUAGAUGAGGCAAUCUUGACGCUGCAGGAGAAUGGAACACUGCACAUUCUGAAGGAGAAAUGGUUCAAGCAAAAGAGAGGGGGAGGGAAGUGUAAGGAGGAGGCAGGUGGGAGCAGCAUGGCCAGUGAGCUGAACCUGUCAAACGUGGGUGGUGUGUUUGUGGUUCUGAUGGGUGGGAUGGGGCUGGCCCUGGUGGUGGCCAUUGGGGAGUUCCUCUUAGAGUGCUGGGACAUUGCCAAGGAGGACCAGAUUCCACUGAUGAAAGUGCUAAGCAAUGAGUUACGGUUUGUCUUCAAGUGUAGAGGUUCCUCCAAGCCGGUGAGGAAAAAAGCAUCGGAGUCGGAGGCUGCCAGUACCAGCAACAACAUCUAUGGUUCUGAUGUCUACAACUACACCAACAAGAAUAACUUCACUUGAUUGCCGGAUGUGACGUCACGCCAUGACGUCACAGAAGAAGAGCUCGGUCAGUGGGCACUGCCUAACUACAUCCCACCUCCACCCUCCCCAGUCAUUCAUGGCAGCACUGCCUCUGCCCAGGGCCACUGCCACCACCACCACCACCACCACCAUCACACCCAUGUUCCUGAACCUUCCAGUCCCCACCACCACCACCAUUCCACCCCUCACACAUCCUACACCAGCCACUGUACCACACCCUGCAACCACAACAACUCCUCCAUGUCCUACUGUGUCCCCAGUCGAGAGACAUCUCCCUCGGUGAACCACAGCGAGGAGACGUGUGACGCAGCCAGUGUGAAGCAGAGCAAGGAAUGGUCAUAGGCAGCCAAGGAUGGCCCUGCUGCUUGUCCAGAGAAAGACAUGAUAUUUCCCCACACUUUUGAUUAAGAAAAGAUAGUGGGCAUAUAUUAACUCUAAAGAAAAUACUAGGUUUCUAAACACCUUGAACAUAGUAUGUAAAGUGAUCAAUGGAUUCUAAGUCUAUACUUGUCAAAAAGUGUAAAUAUGUCGUCAGAAUAGCAGCUUUGAUCUAAAAUUUUUUUUUCCACUUCAAAGGUGAAGAAUGAGACACUUUACAUCUUUCCAUUAGUUUAUGACAACAACAAACAACAACAACAACAACAACAACAACAUUUUCUCACUAUACCUAGUGUCCUCUCCUCUUUUUCCCAAUGAGGGAACACUGUAAACAUCUUUGUUUCAAACCAGCCUUUAUGAAGCAGCUUGGCUAUCUGCUUCUGUAUGCUUACAAAUGACAUCAGCUUAGCACAGUAGUACUGUAAUAUUAGGAUCAAAAUAUAUUAUACAUUCCAAGUUCUGAAAUUUGCAAUGCUUUGUUUCAGAAAAUAUUGUUUCACUUAUAAUUCAAAUCUUUAGAAAAAGACACAUGUCCAAUAAGGCAGAAUGCUGCCUGCAGAAAAAAAAACAGCAAGUCAUGGAGGACAUUAUGCUGUGUUAAGUAGUAUUUACUGGCACUGUGAUGCCAUGCCACUGUAGCAAACUCAAAACAUGAUGUACAGAUGAGAGGACAAGAUGUUAGUGUACAGCGCAGAACACCAAGGACCACUGAGGGUAACACACCAUGUGUCCUUGAUGGUGUCCUUCUAUAGUAGACUGUGCCAGCACACACACACACACACACACACACACACACACACACACACACACACACACACACACACACACACACACACACACACACACACACACACACACACACACACACACACACACACCUUUGGGAACUCUAGAAUUAUUCAGUGCUUAGGCUAUGAUGAUAAUAUUUUGCUAUUUAGUUGUUGAGAAAUCCAUUUGUGGAGGUAUUUAAGAGUGUGAUAGGAGAGAGAGAGAGUGCAGAGGCUGGACACCCUCACUACCUCACCCUGUCAGUCCCACCCUGUUCCUUUACCUCUCCGAGCUCUCGUGAGUCGUGGCUUUUGUUAUAUCAUGGGACUUGUUUGGGCUAUGUAGUGUCACUGUAGUACUCAUCCUGGUGAGCCAUGGAAGGUGAGCCAUGUUUGUGCCACACAGGUGGCUUGGCAGCUGUGUUAUUUUGAGAAGAGUCGCAUCAAACCUAAUUCUGGUCCACUAUGCACAUGCUGUCAUGUCAUACACAUGCUUAGUAUUUCGUUCAAGUUUUCUCCUGCAUGUGAGUGAUGGAGUGUACAUCACAGUGACAUAAAUAUACUCCCUUUAGGGACUUUGGAUGUACAAAGUACAUUAUUUGUAGGAUGUGUUACAUCCCUCUGUACAUAUUUUACAGUACACUUUGCUUUAGCUGGAGAUUGAACAGCAGUGUGCUGAGAUCCACCAGUCUAAGUUUUACUGUUCCCAGUGCUGCAGACACAGGCUGUGUAUCUGUGUGGGUUAUAGACUUAUAUUUUCAGAUUAUCUUUGUUGACUUUUAGAAUUGCACAAGGUGCAGUUGUUGAGAAGGUGAUAUAGCUUUUUUUUAUGUAUAUAUUACUCUUAUCUUGGAAAUUUAACACUUGUCAUGUGACAUCAUAUGCUGUGUCAUAAUGAUACAGAUAUCACUGAUGUUUGUGUAGGGCAGCCUAAGGCUGUGUUACUGAGUACAUUUGUUUGGCCAUUUUAUCACAAUUUCAUCAAGGAAUCAGUUCAUUUCUUUCAUAUUACUGUAGGUUUUUUGUGGUGUGUUGCAAUCUUUGUUGUAAUAGACAACAAGAUAAAUCUCACACCUAUCAUCACCAUUGCCAGCAGUCACCACUGUUACUUCCAUCAUGGUAGCGGAGACAUCCUUCAUCCCAUCAUUUCUGUUUGCAGUAUUGUUGUUAAGUUAUGGAAUUAACUUGACUUCUUAACCUCUAGUCACUCAAAACUGUUCAUCACACUUGCAGCAUUCUAGUGUUAUAUGUAACAACAAUUCCCAGUAAUAUCUUAAGAGCAUAAUACAAAGUUGUCAUUAUUGUAUGUCCCAUUGCUGUUGUGUAUUGUGUAGUUUGAAGUGUAUCUGGGUCUUAUAGUUCUCAUGUGCUGUGUGUCUUGGAAACCUUGACAAAGGCAGGAAAUUAAGUAUGGAGAUUGUCAGUUAUGAGUUAUUGUAUAUAGGUAGUUAGUAGAGGGACGUAUGUGAGCUGUGGAAAUAUUUGUAGGUAUUAGUAUGUACAUAUAUUCUCAGAGCAUUUAGAAGAAUAUCAGUUUAAAUGUAUAUGUAUCAUGGGCAGAUCCACGGUGUUGUAAUGGAACCAUGAAUGUGGCAGUGAUGAGCGGGUGAAGAAAAGUGGCACCAGGGAAGACAUGGGAGGUCCGCCACACAUGUCAAUGUUGUAAAGGUGGGAGUGUUAGUCCAUGCCACACCUGACAGGAUACACACAAAAUCAUGAGUUUAUAGAAUCAAUUCAUUCUUUUGUCUUGACUUUAUUGUUUCCACAAGUUUUCAACAUUGUUUUGAAAAAUUGAAUUAGUAUUAAUAUAUGUUUGUAUAGAACUCACAAGUGUCAGUGUUUAAGAAAGUGCUUUGUAUAUGCUGUACCUGCAUACACUUGUCCACAGACACCUUGGAUCUGCUUCUGGCAAUACAUGUAUAUACUGAUUGCCUGCCUGUACUCUGGGAAGGAUCCAGGGUAGCAGUUGACACAAAGAAUGAUGGUGUGAUGAGAUCAGUGGAUGCAUGGCAUGAGAAAAAACUUGUAGAAUUGAUUGUCAAGGGAUUGACAAGAAAUACAAGAGAACAUGUUAUGUCUUGACUGGAAAACUGUGUAUGGAGUGUUGAAGACUAAAUAGAUGAAUGGGAAGUGUUAUGAGCACAGGUGGGUGUUAUUGUGAUGAAUUAUUGCAAUAAUUUAUAGCGGUAACCAUAUUGGGUUAUUAGUUAUCUUAUAAUAGUUUUUCCUGUGUUAACAAUUUGUCCCUAUCAUUGAUACUUUUGGCCCUAAACUAGUGGCCAUUGAUAAUUUUAGUUUUCUGGAACUUGAGUAUGUUGAACUUUCAAAAUCAAAUCUAAAUAUUUUACUUAAAACAGUGAAGAGACUGGAUAAACAUCAAAUUUGAAUCUUUUCAAAUUUUUAAAGGUAAAAUGGAAAUAAAAAUUUGGAUUUCUUGAUUUUCUUAUGUGAAAUAUAUAUAAGUAUUUUUAUCACUAGGGUCAAAAUUUGGAUUUAUCAAUUCAUUGGUUAUUGAGGGAUAUGUUUAUUCCCAGUUAUUGAUUGUCAGUUAUUGCCAACAAUGUCCUCUUUAUUGGUUAUCGUGAUAUUUUUUUUUAUUGCGCUUUGCUAUUGCUAUGAGAUGUGACAUUUUCAAUGUAAGCAGAGCAAUGUGUCCUUGGUUUGUCAAAGGGUGAAACUGAUGGUGAAGAGAGGUGAGUGAGAGACAUGAGUGAGUGAAGUCUCCCUCCUUGGGCCUGAAGGUCAGUGUCAUGGCUUGUGAUAGAUAUGCUGCACAACCCCAAGAUUGAUUUAUAAAUAUUGUUCAUUGAGUUUUUGAUGUACCUUUGUAUAUUGUCACAGCUUUUAUGAUGCAGUCAUUGCACUGGAUUAUAAGACAAUAUACAUAUAAUUUGUUAUA